AUGGCAUCCACUACUAGUAUACAUAUACCAGCUCCGGUAUGGCUAUACUUUGAUCCUCCUAUUGAAGUCGAAUCGGGUAAAAAAAAAGCUAGAUGUAAGCUAUGCUUGACAAAUAAUUACCUUACUGUGAAUAAUAGUGGUAUUUCCAAUUUGCGUACCCACGUUAUCAAUAUUCACAAAAUCGACAUCUCAAGUAUUUUGAGUUCUGAAGAUUUAGCCAUUUUAUUUUCUCAGUCCGGUGAACAUCUUCUUAGAGAAACGUUGAUCGAGUGGAUUGUAAAGGAUUGCCUUCUGUUUACUACCGUCGAAUCAGAAAGCUUUCAUAAAUUAUUUGAGGUAAUUAGAAAGCUAGAAGGUAAUAUUACAAUUCUAUCUGCAAGUACAAUUAAAAGAGAUCUAUUAGAAUAUUACUCGGUAUCAAAGGCUUCAUUAAAAGAAACACUAGGAAAUAACUCGAGUAAGAUUUCACUUACCACAGACAUAUGGACUAGUAAUAGUUGUAAGGAAAUUCAAUCUCAUAUACUUGAUCUCGCGCCAUUCAAAGAACCGUAUUCUGGAAUAAAUAUAGCAAAUACUUUGAUAACAUUCGAGUCUUUUUCUCUGGAAAUUGGUAAUUCUUUUACCCAGCAACAAGGCCAUAUUCGUUAUAUAGCUCAUAUUAUAAAUCUUGCUUUGCAAGAUUUUUUGUUUCAAUUACGUUCUGAAGCACCAGAUCAAGAUAAUGAUGAUAUUAAUAUUUUAAGUCAGACUAAUACCUCUAAUACUCAAGUCCUAACAAUCAAAAAGCUUUGUAUGCUUAUUGCAAAGCUUCAGCAUUUACCCCAACAUCGUCAAAGGUUAAUCGAGAUAUGUACCUCCCUCAACAUACAACAUAUGAAUCCAAUUCUUGACUCUAAAACACGUUGGAACUCAACACUUAAUAUGCUUGAACAAGCCAUAACUAUGGCUCCAGCACUUAGUAGAAUAGUUAGAAAAAUUCCUGAGCUAAGUGAAUUUGAUCUUCUGCCACAGGAAUGA